AUGACAAAGCUCAGUACGACCUCAGUCUCGUUCGCCGUGACACCCACGGUCGUGGCGACACUGUUUUCACAUUAUCUCAACAGGGAACCUCUACGGGAGAAGCCCACCGCGCACCUGUCCUAUGACGAGGGGCUCCGUUUGGUCCGCGCAUUCCUCCAGCAUGCGGCUCACCACACCGUUGAAGACUUGCAGGCGUUCACUAGCCAAUGGGUGCCCUCUCCGCAGUGGGUGAAGCUCGAGAACAUCAAAAUACCGGAGCAGCACCUGUCGCGCUCCGCCGAGCUGAUCAACGAGGAGCUUGGCGAGGACGGCCGCGCCUUGGUCGGCGGCAGCCAGUGGUGGCAAUGGCGCAGGCCCAAGAAACCCCUCGAGGCCGAGUGGAUUGAGAUGCGCGGCCACGCCAACGAGAGGAAGAGGACGGGCGACCCGGGCCACCGCGUCAUUCUAUACUUCCACGGCGGCGGCUACUACUUUGGCAGCGUCGACGAGCACCGCUACCAGAUGCAGCGCCAUGCGCGCAAGCUCAAGGCCCGCGUGCUCGCCCCGAGGUAUCGACUCGCGCCGCAGUUUCCCUUCCCCUGCGGCCUGCAAGACUGCCUCGCGGCCUACCUGCACCUGCUGUCCUCCCAGGAUCCCAGCACCAUCAUCUUGGCCGGUGACUCUGCUGGUGGUGGCAUGGCCCUGGCUCUCUUGCUGAUUCUGCGCAACCAAGAUCUGCCGCUGCCGGCCGGCGCCAUACUCAUCAGCCCUUGGGUAGACCUGACCCAUUCUUUCAAGAGUAUCGCCGGCGACGCGCCGAUGGACUAUAUUCCCGCGAAUGGAUUUCAUCACAGACCUUCCAAGGCAUGGCCUCCCCCGAAUGACGACGAUAUCACGGAUAUUAAGCGGGACGCGCAGCAAAUGAAACGAGUACGGACUGGAGCAACUGAGUCCAGGGAUGCCAAAGCUGCAGCUACGCUGGAGUUUGAGCACAAACCCGAUGAACGACAGUACAUCACCCUCGACAUUGAUGGAAAACCCGUGACGAUCAAAGAUCAAAUCCAGCUUUACACCACCAAUGCCCUUCUCACCCACCCUCUUGUCAGCCCUGUGCUACAAGCCACGCUCGGUGGGCUUCCGCCGUUGCUUGUCAUGGUUGGUGGAGGCGAGAUCUUGCGCGACGAGCAAAUCUAUCUAGCCCAUAAGGCCGCCAACCCGCAGAAACACGCACCACAAAUGGAGGGGCUAUCAGCCAGAGAGAAAGAGCAGCUCGCUAAAUUCAAGCCCACGGAUGUCCAGCUGCAGGUCUGGGAGGACCUAUGUCACGUUGCGCCUACAUUGAGCUUCACCAAACCGGCAAAGUUCAUGUACCGGUCUAUCGCGCAGUUCGGUGCAUGGCUGCUAGCAAGAGCCCAGCACCGUGGAAUCGAAAUCAUGGACGACGAUAGAAUCUCAGUAAUCUCGUCUUCAGGUUCAGACGCGCAGACGGGUGAUAUUGCCGGAAAGGAACAAGACAAUCGCAACGAAGAAGAGAAGACUGCGACAACUGCAUCUGGCCAAGUCGGUAAAGCUGGAGAUCCUCUUCCACCGUUCAAAAACCACAUGAUUCGACAACGUGUUACUCGUCAUGGUGUAACGCUUCCCCUUGCGCCAGAGGAAGAAUUAGAGGCUUGUACUAUGGAUCCGGCCGAGGUUGGAGUAUUCAAGGCAGGAACAGCGAAGAAGUGGCUUGCUACUCGUCGCGAAUAUGACACUCGGUACGCGGGCGCCAAAGCAAAGGUUCAUAAGCAAUUGGUAAGCGAUCUUGCCACUGGCUUUCAAGACUUUGGACCGGGCGAGCUUCCGCCACCUGCGGCGCUGGCAGGCAGACGCAAACUCGAGUCUCACAUGGUAGAGACCAAGAAGAAGAGAAGCUUUGGUCUAUCCCUCUGGUCUCUCUGGGGUUCCAAGCACGACGAGGAAACGAUUGAGCGCGAGCAGCAAGCAGACGAGGAGCCGGAAGCUGAGGUGGUCAAGGAAGACGCUGGAGGUCGCAUCUCUCACAGGGAGAAAAAUGGCGAGCUGCAGACUCCAGCACAGAGCCCCGGCGAUGUGACAAGUCGCAGCCGCUCACGCCGCAGGACCGUUGUGGACGAGCAUCAGACGCAGGAUGGCGCUGUCGAUGAAGACACGCCCGUUGCUCAGCUGCUGCACCAGAGACAGGAACAGGAGGCAUCGCACCCUGGCCUGCUGAGCCCAGACUAUGUACCGGAAACCGGCGUGGCUGGAAAGCGCCCAUUCAUCAAGGGCCUGGCGCUUCCUUUCAGCCUGAACAAGGAGGCUGAUACGGCGAGCAUGGUCACGCUCACAUCACAUGCCAGCCCUGGCAAGGAGGCGAACAGGCAGCUUGCCAUUCUAGCAUAUGGGACUGGUGAAGGCGACGGAGAUGCCCUGAAGCCAGAGACUGCGACAAGCAAGUCACCAGCGCUGUCCGUGGAAAAUGGCACUGCGGCAUAA